AUGCUCACAGCCAAGCAGCCAGUACACUACGGCUACAAGUCCGUCCAUGACCUUCCGACUCCGCCUUCCACAUCCCGCCUCUCACCUCCUCUGGCCUACCAAGAGCCUGCCCGCAAGAGGCUGCCCUCCAUCCCUCGCAGCCACAGCCCUCCGGACCAGCAUCUCAUGUCCGCACCGCACCGCGGGCUGCCGAUGCCGGCUGCAAUGACACUGCCGCCUCAGCAGUCUCACGCCAGCAGCGCAUCAGGCCCGCCGCCGCCUCCGUUACCGCCAGCCUCACAACCCGGUCUGAGCUCAUCCAUCUCAUCGUUAUCCGCCCAUGCCCAACAUCAUCUUGGCCAGCUUCCAGGUCCACCCCCGCAGUGGCAGGGUGCCGAGGAGUCCAUGAGAAGCUGGCUCACGGCCAAGGCCGAGGAGGACCGUCGGAAGCAGGAGGAGGAAAGGACCAAGCAGGAGUCAUUACGCCUUGAGCAGCGAAGGAUAGAGGCCGACAUGCUGCGAACUUCGCUCCAAGGCGGUAUCCCGCCGCCUAUUGUGCCUCUCGUCUUUGCCGGAAUGGGGGGAGCUGUAUCACCCACGGCGUUAGAUAUUGCGCAGCAGUACAUCGCAUCGCAGGGCCACGGAGCGCAUCCUCAACUCAUGUCCACCCAGGGCGGUCAAAGGUCACCUGAACAUAGGCGAGACUCGCAAUCGCAUGGGUACGGUCCCUAUACGGGGGUGCCGUCGACCCCAGUAUCAGCGCCUGGUCCUCACGGUUAUGCUGCCUACCCUGGGUCGCCACAGACGAGAGGCAGAGCGCAGACUCUGUCCUCGACAGGGUCAACAGGACGCGCAGUCGGCCCCAGCUCCAACCUGCCUAGUCUCAAUACGGGAGCACCACCGGCAGGCCAGUCGCAGUCGUCAAUGCAUGGGCACGUCCACGGCGGACACGCGCCAUCCCAGCAACUAUCAGGCCAACAAGAGUCGCAACAGCAGCAGCAGAGUCCUGGCAUCUACUUUCACCACUGGCAACCGCCCACCUCCCAAGCCGGAAGCUCAAAUCAGCCGGCGACACCAUCUGGCGAAGUAGGAGAGUCUCCCAGAAACAAGCGCAAGGCAACGGAUCCGCAGCAGGCCGCCCCGAUGCCGAGCCAGCAGCAGCAUCGAUUCAGAUCUCCGCCCGUUCUCUUCAAGCCCGGUGCGACACUGAGCAACCCACCACCUAGUCGGCGGCGGGGUCAACAUUCUCGGAGGGGCAGCGACCAACCGUCGUACAGAAUGAGCGGACUCCACCACGGCGAGCGUUCGGGAACCCCCAGAGCCUCGUCCCCAGUGGCGACCGGACCGGCUCUACAGCAUCAUGUCAACCGCAUCGCUGGAGGCCAUUCAGUCUCGUCGCUUUUGUCGGAGGAGCCAUCCUCCAUGGCCGAGCGCGACACACCCGUUGACAGGGGCGAUUUCUUUUCGGAUACGACCGACAAGGGUGUUAGGUUUUCAGCUUGGGGUACUUUCGAUCAGCGCAUCUAG